UGUGCAGUCAGAUUAGGAUAUUCUACACAUAACAUCUGACAGAAGGACCUGCGCUUGUGGACAGUCAUGAUGUUGUUGCUGUUCUUCCUGUUUCUCAUCAGGGGGGCCUUUCAGCCCCCCUGGGCAACAGCUUUCAAACCCUUAACUUCCAAGGGCUCCUUCACCCAUCGACAAAUCACUGAGAAGGCCAUUCUCCGCAAGACUGCAGAAGUGUGCCGUGACAUAGCCAAUGCGGAGGGGCAAGACUUCAAGCUAACUAUUGACAACACCCUGACUGUAUUUGCUGUCCAGCAAGCCUGCUUAAGAUUACAUUCUGUCCACUCCACAAAUGACUUUCAAUCAGCUAUUUCCAGUACUUAUUAUGCGAAUGCUGCUGUGGACUUAGAUCAAUUCCAUCCUGAACGGCACUGUGAUGCUGAGAAAAUCAAGGAAGCACAGAAGCUUAUUACUGAUGGCUUGAAAUCAGUGAAAACCAACAUAGAUGAGGAAAGCUAUGUUUUUGCCCGCAUCAGUUUGGGGAAAAUAUGUCAUACUUUACAGGAUUUCUACAGCCACAGUAACUGGGUGGAACUGGAUAAAAGUGUUCCUUUCAGCAAACUCAUCAACAGGGACGCAAUCGACAACAUAGCAGGUAUCAACACAAAAACAUGCAGAAACUGCGAUGGAGAUAAUUGCAAUGAUAAUAUUCUCCCAGAAUUAAAAGAGAAAAACCUCAUAACCUCAGGAUAUUUUGGUGUGUUAUCCUCAUCCAAACCUGACGGCAAGUGUAGCCACGGUGGCAAAGGUGACAAGACCAGUUUAAAAGAACCUACUGGAGGUAUCAAUAAAGAUGAGAUCACCUCAAGUCAUGGCAUCUAUCACCAGCGUGCUGCAGACGUGGCAAUAAGAGCCACCAUGGAAUUGCUGGAAGACAUUCGACUGGCCAAAGGCAACCAGGCCUUUCUUCAAUUGGUGGGGAUGAACAUGACCUCAGUUCUGGCUUUUGUUAUUGACACCACAGGCAGUAUGUCUGAUGACAUCGAAGAGGCAAAGAGAGUGUCCUUUAACAUUAUUGACAGCAGGAUAGCAUCAGCAGAGAAACCUUCAGAAUUUAUCCUAGUUCCAUUUAAUGACCCAGAUUUUGGACCACUUACAAGGACUCGGAAUGCAGAGAAUUUCAAAAAUGCAAUAAGUUUCCUCGUAGCUAGUGGCGGAGGAGAUGAACCAGAAAUGUGCUUAUCUGGACUCCAGCUGGCACUGGGCGGAGCUCCUCCAUCUUCAGACAUUUAUGUGUUUACUGAUGCUGGAGCCAAAGACUUUGAAUUAGAAAGCACAAUUCGAGCCAUGAUAGAAAACACCAAGUCAAGAGUAAAUUUUAUGCUGACAAAAACCUCUUCAUCUCGCAGAAAAAGAGACUCACAAUCUCAGCGUUCCUUAACAAGAAUUUCUCAGUCAGAAUUACAGCUUUACAGAGACUUGGCAGAUGUUUCUGGUGGACAGGCAAUAGAGGUCACUAAGGGUACACUGCCUCAGGCCACUGCAGUUAUUACUGAUUCAUCUGCAUCUGCUCUGGUGACUGUUCUUCAGGUAAUGAGAAAUCCAGCCAAGGCAGAAAACUUUUCUUUUGUGUUGGAUUCAUCUCUGUCCAAUGUGACUAUGUAUAUCACAGGGGUCUCUCCAGUCUUUACCCUCUACAACCCAACAGGUGCGUCUCAGUCAGAAUUGGAGAAAAAUGGCACUCUAGGUAGCAUUCAGACUGUGGGGAAUCUAUGGAGAAUUCAACUCAACUCAGAGAAUCAGACCGGGGUAUGGAGCAUCAGUAUUAACUCCACAAGCUCCUACACCAUUAAAAUCAUUGGUCAGAGUUCUUUUGAUUUUCUCUUUAACUUUGUGGGAUCUGAAGGACUUCAUGGGGACUUUGUGCCGAAAGACAAUCGCCCUAUCAAUGGUGAAAAUGGCACCUUGUUUCUCUCUGUGACUGGAGGUGAAUUGAUCACAGUGACUGAUGUACUUCUAGUUGAAGCUUCAGGGUCAAAUACUGUCAGUGGAACCAUUCAAUCAUUGGGUGGGUCAGACUACCUGAUACACUUACAAAGAAUCCCAGAAUGGCCAUUUGUUGUCCAACUGAAAGGUCUGUUGAAAGACCUUAAUGGAUCCUCACUCGGCCAAUUCCAGAGACAGUCAUCCACUCAACAAAGAGCCUCUAGCAUUAAAAUCAAGGCCGAUUCACAGAGUACUUUACAGCCUGGAAUCCCUCUGAAUGUCAACUUUACAUUGACCAGUAAGGAAACAAAAAACAGCUAUAUCAUCCGAGCCAGGAAUGACCGUGGUUUCAAGGUCUCUGUCCCCAGUUCCCUGAGUGUGAAGGCAGGAGGAAGCACUCAGGGAACCGCAACACUGACCCCUCUCUCCAACACAGAGUCUGGGACUGAUGUCACUCUCAUCAUUGAGGCAGAAGAUCCAGGGUCCGCUGAUCUGAAUUAUGUGACACUGCGACUCACCGUCAUGGCUGAGAUAACUGAUGUCUCCAAACCUGUGUGUGAAAUAGUGAGCAUUAAAGCUGACUGCCCUGUGGUGUGCAGCAAUGCAUCAUGGGAACUCUCUGCAAACCUGACGGACGGUAAUGGUACAGGCAUAGCCAGAGUGUUCAUAAACAUCGGAAACGGCUCUCUCACUACAAGUCAGGUGAUGAGUGAAGAUGGCACCAAUGUGACCGUAGCUUUCUACAAUGCUUCCUGCUGUUCUCCAGAGGUGCAGAUAGUGGCUGUGGAUGGGGUGGGAAAUGUGGGUACAUGUUUCACUUCUAUAAAGAAGAUAUCUGCAAAUCCCACCACAGCAAUACCUACCACAUAUACCACACUAAUGGUUCCCACAAACAAUACAGUACAGUCCUCAGUGGCUGCCACAUUUAAGUUUAUUUGGCUUUUCAUCUUAGUUGUUUUCUUUAUGUGGUAAAGGGAAACUUAAGGCCCAUUCUGGAUAUUAAGAUAUAGUGGUAACAUGCUGUGUAAACAUAUUUACAUAGAUUUUUAUUCAGACAAACUGUCUGUCAUGCGUAGAUGUAAGAGCGCUGUCUGUUGUAUUGUGUUAGAAAUGUUAUCUAUGUACAAUAAUGACUUAUUUUUGCUUUGUGAUCAUUCAAAGAGGAGCAUCUCUAUUUUUUUUUUUUUUUAUGAAUAUUUUGUAAAUAAAAAAAAAAUAGGUAUAUGUAGAGUAGAACCAGUAGACCAAAAACAAAUUGAUAAAUGUGAUUAAUAAAUGUAAUGAUCAGGUACUUUAACACCUGCUUGUCCACAGUUGUGAAAGUGUUUUAUGAAAUACAGUAUACUGAAAUACAUUGCUUUCCUUUAGCUCAAUAGGAGUUCCUUAUGAAUCAAAUUGCAUGCUUACUAAAAACAACAUAUACCUAUAAAGUUCUGUGCUUUAAUGUCUUAAUAUCAUUUUAUAUAUUUGUUAAUGCAAUUAAAU